AUGAUUGCGUUGGAGCAUGAACAGAGUAUGCCUAAAGAGGAGCGGGUGCCUAAAGCGGAACCCACGACGUCACAUCCCAGGACGCUGACGCGGUCUAGCGCUGUCAGCCAGAAAUCCGUCGAGAUCAUGGUCCACCCGGAAGGUUCUAACAAUCCGUUGCACAGGUCCAAGCUGGCGCCGUCAAGAUCGACAUCCGAAUCGCAGACGUCCGGAAAGAAAAUGCUAAAUUUGAGGAAAACUAAAAAUUCGUCCAUAGAAUCAACGAUGAGCUUGCCGAACCAAAAGUCUCUGGAGAAGAAGCAUGGUAGUUUGCGGCAUCAGAAAUCAAUCGGGGCUCAUUCCGACAUCACGCUUAGCACGCAGCCUUCUAUAACUGAUGACAGGAAGGCAUUGAGAGAAGCUUUAUACCAGGGUAUAUUUCAUAGGCACAGAAGAACCAUAUUCGCAGUGGGGUCUUUUCUUAGAAUGCUUAGGAGCAAAACGUCGAAUUAUGACUCAAUAAGGUCAGAUUCAGACGAGAUUUAGCACCCAUAACUGAUUGACUGUUAAUAUUUUUUAUAUAGUAGUAACAUAUUGGUGCCACUGACAUUUGUGCUUUGGAUAGUUAUGGAGAAACCAAUUAAAAUGUUAUUAGAUAGUGUAGCGAGUAAGUAUAUAGUUUUAUUUUGUAUUAAAAUGUUCCUAAUUAGUUGUGAUUUUGUUCUGAGUUUUCAGCCCCGCGUGGUAAGCGUAAUUUAGCAUACAAUGGUUGUUAUAUAGCAAGUAUGAUAAUUAUGAUGGAGUGACGCCUUUAAUAUGUAAAUUCCAGCUAAUUUGAUGUAAAUCUUUUUUUGAGAUAUAGAGCGUAAUUCAUUUUUAACACGAUAAAUUUUAUUAUUUAAAAGCGCUACAGAAGUGACGAUAUUUUGCUGCAGCUGCCUAUAUUUUCAUUCUUAACUAAUGUGUCAAAAACAUAAGGUUAAAACGUCUCAGAAAUCAUACUAUCUUUUUAUCUGACUGCCCCAUAAGGAGGGUUAUGUAUUUAUUUACAUUAACGCUCUCGUUACAGUUUUGAUACAUAGACGAUGUUAUUGCUUACGGUACCCUAUAUACCAGUUGCCGACCAACUAGGUACAGUUACUAGAUGUAAGUGUUAAAUGACAAAGCACUAGAAUUAGAACCAAGGACACUGUUCCAGCAGUACAGUAGUGUAUAGAAUACGCUUCUUCCCAAAACCACACGGAUUGACCUCUCAACCACGAAAUCAGGACAAAAGUAGACAACAAAAAAAUUGACGAUGACUAUAUCGCGUGACCCACAAAUAGUCAAGGCCAAGUGCCCUCAUUAUUUCCAAAUAAAAGCACUGAAAAGUCCGAUAAAACUUUUGUUUUUGAUUUACACAAGGUCGUAAAGGAUGUCGUGAUUCUUAUGCCAAGGUCUCACGGCUCAAAUUUGAAUGAUCCUUCGUAUCCUUGAAAGUAAAAUUGUUUGGAUUUGUUUUGGUUGUAAUAAUCUUCAGCAUUUUGCGCCUGUUGCAUAUAAAUAAAUGAGUAAAUCUGUUUAUUAUUUUAG